CGUGUGCAGCCAAAAGAAGAUAAAUGAAAACAAUCGACGAAGCAAUAAACCAAUAAUGGAGAAGAAACGAAGAGCAAGAAUAAACAAUUGUUUAAACGAAUUAAAGACUUUGAUCCUAGAUGCAACUAAAAAAGACCCUGCUAGACAUUCGAAAUUGGAAAAAGCAGAUAUAUUGGAAAUGACUGUAAAACACUUGGAAUCCAUGCAAAGGCAUAAUGUAGCUUUAUCUGCUGCUACAGAGUCAACAGUAGCCAACAAAUUCAAGGCUGGAUUUACAGAGUGUACAAAUGAAGUAAACCGAUUUCCUGGGCUUGAACCCCAUGUUCGCAAACGUCUCAUGCAGCACUUGAAUACAUACUUCAAUAAAGAAAGCAGUAAUAACAAUCCAAAAAUUCUUUCAACACCUCCAGAAACAUCAAAUCUACAAUUACAUUUGGACUCUAGCCAGAACGCUAUACUAUUGGGCACCACAGGUUCAGCAUGUGGAGUACAAUUGGUUCCAACAAGAUUAUCAAAUGGUGAUAUUGCUCUAGUUUUGCCAUCUAGAUCUACCGAAACAUCACUACCACCCCUUUCCAUGAUUGUACCAACACCCCCAUCUACUCAAUCUGAUUCUUCUGAUACAGAGUCGCCUAUGCCUGAUAGACCUUCAUCAUGCUAUUCAAUGGGUAGCACAGAUAGUAUUGAUACAUACAGUCAACCAGAACUGCCCCUAGCACUGGUUACCAAACAUAGGCGAGAUGAAGAACAGUCAGAUCUAGAACAGCCCUGGCGGCCAUGGUAGUAAUAGUUUAUUUUCUGRUUUAACAGGAUACUCUCAUUAAUUAAGUGUUUUUAUUUUUAUCUUCAAAAUAUGUGUAUGUAUACUACAAAUUAUUCAUCAACUUACAUAAAAAUACUUCUUUGUGCCAUACAUUUUAAAUUGUAGAAAUUGUUUAUUAGAAGUAGAAGKCUGAUAGUGCUAAUUAUUCACUGGCAUAAUACAGUUAAUAUUUAUGAUUUUGUUUUAACAUCAUUCUUACAUCAUAGUUUUAGAAAUCUACAAUAAAUAGUUGGAAUUUUUUUUUUUUAAACUACAAAUUGUAUAACAAUAGGUAUCUAUACGCCAAAUUAUUGAAACAAAAUAGCGUUUGUGCAAUUACUAUGUUAAUGUCUAAAGAUUAGAUAUUAAAAUUGCCGGGCAUUAGUGCAACAUAUAUUAUCAGUGUUAUUGUUUAAUUCUUAUCCAAUUAUUCCAUUUGAUUAAUGCAUAUUAUAAUAAUUACAUUUUAUUUUUUAUAUUCCAUCGUCUUUA